AUGGUGGCUCGGAGAAGCUUGAGAUACCCGGAGUCCCCGGGUGCAAAAGACUCAAAGAAUGCUCUGGGAAGAACACAUUCUAGGAGACAUAGAGCUGGUCAAAAGCACAAGCCUAAGGACCCGUUUGACUUUUCGGAUAAUUCUGUCUCAAGCAUGCUGGGAGAAAUGGGAGAUGAAGAGGAACUGAAUGAAUCCUUCGACCCUCCUCUGCACAGUACUGUUAUUGAUGCCGAAGAGGAGCUGCCCAAAAGGCCGGCUGUCUUUCCAGCCACUCACAGAAGAGAAGAGGGCAGAAGCUUCAACCUUUCUGAGACUGAAGCAAGAGGAAGCAGUUCUCUAAAGAACAGCACGAAAAAGCCAAGGAGAAAGCUUGAGCCCAUCAGCGAUGAGUUUGAGAGCUCUGAAGAUGACAUAAGGAGGAAAGUGGGGUCCACAGAGAGAACACGCACACAGCAGCCCCAGGCGGCACCCCCUCCAGCACAGCAGCAGGCGGCACCCCCUAUCAAGCCAGCAGAAAACCUCAUGGCCAAGAAGACGAGACCCCAAGGCACCCAGCCCUCUGCUGUAGGAGAGACUCGAGCAAUCCAGAGACCACUGAAAACUCAGAAGAAAGUGAGGCCGUCUCCCGGCAGAAGGAAGCAAUCAGGAAGCGAAGCCACAGACUCAGAUACUUCUGAAAGUAUGCAAGUUUGGUGUCUAGAAGGAAAGAGACGUGGUGACAUCAUAGAGUUGGAUGUUAUUUUGUCUGUGUUUGAGAAAACCUUCGUGGAGUAUAAACAAAGAGUAGAGUCUGAAAGAUGUUGUCAAGCCAUCGACAAAUUUUAUUUUAAAAUUAAAGGAGAACUCUUCAGAAUGCUUGAAGACGACCAGGUGCUGAGAGCCGUGAAAAGGAGGAACACCCAGAUGAUUUCCAACAUGGAAAAGAAACGGCAGCGUUUAAUUGAAGUCCAGGAUGAACUGCUUCGAUUAGAACCACAAUUGAAACAACUACAGACAAAAUAUGACGACCUCAAGGAGAGAAAGUCAUCACUUAAGAAUUCCAUACAUUUCUUAUCUAACUUAAAACAGCUGUACGAAGACUACUCAGAUGUUCAAGAGAAAGAACCAAAGGAAAAGGAGGAGUACGACUCAUCUAGUCUUCCAGCUCUGUUGUUUAAAGCAAGAACGAUUCUGGGAGCCAAGAAACACCUGAAAACCAUCAACUAUCAGCUGGAGAAGCUCCUUGAGCUGGAAUGA